GAUCUGAUAUUUUUGGCCACGUCAGUGGCUGGCCGAUUCACUGAUGAUUUGUACCAACUUUUGGCCAAAGACAAUGCCAACAAGAAUCUUAUUUCUUCGCCUCUUUCCGUCGAUAUUGCCUUGAGUAUGGCCUACAUGGCAGCUGGCGGAAAGACAGCCCAAGAAAUGAGGAGCGUCUUGAAACUGCCUGCGGAUAAAAAGGAAGUGGCUCGUAAAUACAAGCAAUUUCUGACAAGUCUCGAAGGUCGCGAGAAGGUGGCUAUCCUCGAUAUAGCCAACCGAAUAUACGUAACUAAUGGCUUCACUAUAGUUCCGGAGUUUAAUCAAGUGGUCAAAGGCUCCUUUAAGGCCGAAGCGGAGGCUAUCAGCAUAAGUGAUCCAAGUAAAGCCGCUUCGAUCGUCAAUAAGUGGGUAAACGAUCAGACGCGCAGCAGGAUCAAAACCAUUGUUACGGAUAAAGAUAUAACCUCGGAUCUGGUUAUGAUUCUCCUGAAUGCAAUUUACUUCAAAGGUCAGUGGCAGUACGAAUUCGACCCUAAAAAGACCAAGCAGUCCGAUUUUCGAACUGUCGACAAAAAAACCGUCCCUGUCCAGAUGAUGUCGCUAUCGGGCGCAUUUAAGGCGGGAUAUAGUCACGACCUGGAUGCCAAAGUGAUAGAGCUUCCUUAUCGGAACUCAAGCCUCUCCAUGGUUAUCUUUUUGCCGGAAAAACUCGAUGGCUUGCAGGAAUUGGAUCAGAAAAUCGCAGGCUUCUCCAUAGAGUUUCCAGAAAGGAAUGUGCAUUUAAAGUUGCCAAAGUUCAAAAUCGAAUUUUCCUCAGAGCUAAAGGGUAUUCUUGCGACGAUGGGCAUACGAGAUGCAUUUACUAGUGCUGCUGAUCUUGGAGGUCUGGUUAAGUCUUCAGGAGCCAAGAUCAGCAAAGUCAUACACAAGGCCUUCAUUGAGGUUAACGAAGAGGGUGCCGAGGCAGCAGCUCUUACAGCUAUUCAAGCGGUUUUGACUUGCUCUGGAUGCGGGCCCCCGCAACCUUGGGUGUUUAAUGCCGAUCAUCCGUUUGCCUACGUCAUUCGCGAUGAGGACACCAUUUACUUUCAGGGACACUUCGUAAAACCAUGAAAAUAUAGUACCAUUUU